GCUAUAGCAUUUUAUAUUAAAUAAUUAGAUCCAAGUAUAUGAAAUUUCGUACAAUUUGGUAGUGCUUUCAUAUGACUAUAACAAUUUGAUAGAAUGAGAAUAAAAUGUAGAAUCUGAUAAAAAAAUAAUGGUAUGUGCAAAUACUUUUCGUGGCCACUUAAUAAUAAAAGAAAGCUACAUAUAUAUUUUUAUCAAUGUUCAUGUAUUAAUGUAAUGUUUAUGCAUCGACUUCGAUGUUAUUACCUAUAACCAUGAUGGGUACUCCUCCAUCUUCGUAUGAGAAUCUAAUGUCAUGCUAUAUCUAAUUACAUUACAAUAUUGUUACAUUAUUUUGUUACAUAAUUUGGGUUCUUCAACGAAUUUUAUCAAAUUGUAAAUUCUUUUUUCUUGCAAAUUAUUCUUAAGAAGAAGUUUGAAACUUAAUGGAAAAAGUAGUACAAGCAGAUACUCUUUUUUAAAAAGGAGAUAGUAGAGGAAGCAGUUGAUCAGCAUUCAUCUAAAGAAAAGAUCAUACAAACGUUUUUACGAUAGGGAUUUGCUAAUAACUACAAUAUUUUAAUUUAAUAAUAUAGGAAAGGAUAACUUUAUUCUAAUAUCUAAGUGUUUGAAAACAUAAAGAUACCUUUAUUAAGCUUUUGCACGUUUUACGCACAAUUUUCUUAAGUUAUAUAAAUAAUCCAUCUCUUGUAUCUUCCUUUAUUGAGCCCCUGAUAUUAAACGAAUCAUAAAAUAAUACGCGUUUACUCUACAGCAGUUAAUGAAUAAGUUUUUUUAAUGACAUAAUCGAAAGAUGUGCCGUAGACGGAAGUGUGUCUCGUUGCUAGAGAUUAGGGUUCAGUAAGCGUGAAAGAAAAGAAAAGAAGCGGUUGAAAACGUGCAUUUUUGACCGCUUUUAAGUCAACAAUUGGAACGAAAAAAAAAUGAAUAAUUCGUAUUAGAAAUUUUAAUAUCGUCCAUAGAUUAGAAUAUAUAACAUUCUAAACAUAAAUUCAUUUUUAUGUGAUGUGUAUAUUUUAAAUUUAUAAAUUUCAUGGAAAUCGUAUAUGGACAAUGAUGACGAACCAUCAAAUUACUAGAGAAAUUACAAUAAUUUCAAAGAUAACUAACUUGGGAAGGAGGUAAAAUAAGUUUGUAAUGGCAAUAAACGAUGCGCGUGCAUAAGUACGUUUCAUGCAAUAAAUAUUAUUUAUAUUCUGAAAAUAACUUCGAAAAUAUGCAUAGAAAUUUUCGUGCAGGGCGAUCAUUAAGUGAUCCGAGUUGACCUGUUUUUGCAUAAUAUCAUAAUACCUAUUGCGUUUCUCGAUCUUACUUAAUUUAUUGUCAAAUAUUUGUUAUAGCCAGGAAUAAUCCAAGUACUCAGAAAUUAAUUAGAAAUAGAGAAUCGUAUAAGUUACCUGAAGAUAAACUUUUAUUCAACUACACAAAAGAUCGGAAGAAAGAAAAUCUUCAUAUAAAACAAAAUGAUGAAAAAUGGGAUGCAAUAUCUAUACAAUACCAAAAGAAAAAUGGAUAUAUACAUGAAUUUCCAUCUGUUAAUUUUACACACAAUCAUACAAGAGACAACAAACUACCGUAAGAGUUUAAUGCUUUUUAUACUUUGCAAUUUUCUGUUUUAUUAAAAUUACGCUAAUUUGUGUAGCAUUACUUCUUUUAAUAAAGAUAUUCAUAUAAGAUAUAUUAAUUUUAAUUACACAUACAUAUACAAGGUGUCCGGAAAGGUAGGGAUAAAAUGUACACUACGUGUUAAUGAGAUUAAAUAGGUAGAAAAAGUUCAUAUCAAUUUAUGUCUAAAAAUGCUUUAUUGAACAGUUAUAAGCGUUCAGAAAUUUUUGUUAAGUGUUUUGACAGUUAUAAUAAACGCUCGAAAUUUCAUUCUUCUACAAGAAUGCACUCUAUUCGUCAAAUUCUUUCGAAUAUUCCUGCUGUUGUAGAAAUAAUGGUAGAUGCGCAUUUAUGUCUGUUUACGAGUCUGUAUGACGAGUCUUAGGAUACCCUCAAUCAUUAAUAUUGUCAAUAUGUCAAGGUUCUCAUCGAAAAUGCAAUUUGUUAAUAACCAUUAAUAAUAUUGUAUUGACAGAACAUACUGAUCCUUUUAGUUGAGAACUUUGAAAUAUUGACAAUCUACAUAUAUCAAUAAUCUGAGAAUAUCCUUAAGAACAACUUUAUCAGAAAGAAAUUUUUUAACGCUUAUGUAACUCUUCAACGAAGUACUUUCGGACAUAAAUUCAUGUAAACUUUUUUUUAGCUACUUGAUCCCAUUAACACGUAGUAUAAGUUCUUUUUUCUAUUUUUAAUAAAUUUAUUUAUUCUUACUUAUACUUAUCUUCACCUUUCCGAAACCCUGUAUAAAAUUUUUUAUACUACAAAAGAAAUAAUUUUUAAUUAUUCAGAGAAUGUACAUUGUUUUAGAAUGUAUAGUGAACAGAUCUCAACGCACAAAAGAUUUAAAAGAGGUGUGAUACAUUUGUAUAACAUGGUAGUAUGCGCCACUGGAUGUAAUCCUUUAGCUUAUAAGGGAUAUGGAUGCUACUGUGGUUUUUUAGGUUCAGGAUAUGUAAUAGAUGGAAUAGAUAGAUGUUGUAAAAUGCAUGAUUGGUGCUAUGAUGCUACAGAAUGUCCAACAUUUUCAGAAUACUUUGUACCAUAUUAUUGGAGAUGUUAUCGUGGUUACAAACCAGUAUGCGCUGUUGAACAUGGAAAUUGGGGAGGAUCUGGGUCAUGUGCUCAGCGAUUAUGUGAAUGCGAUCGUUCAUUCGCUGAAUGUUUAAAACGUUAUCCGUGUCCAACAACCAAAGCUGUGUGCACUUCUUCACCUUGGAGACUAGUGCAAAAUCUUUUUAUGAUCAUGUAAUAUUUGGUAUAGAAUUGUAAAAUAUAAAUAACUGAAUUGAACAUUAAUUCAUGAUUUAAUAAUAUUGUGUUCAUACCAAAGAUAAGAAGCGUACUUCAAUAAGUAUUGUAACAUUUAUUAUGAAAGGUACAAAUUUUUCUGUAAUAUCAGAAAUCAACAAGACAAUAUAUUAAGUUGUCCCAAAAGUUUCUUUCGUUCUAUAUAGAAAUAAUAGAAGUACAACAUUUUUUGUUUUAUAUUAUUUUAUUGAAUUAUGUAUGAUCUACUUUGCAGUAAUAGAACAAAUUUCGUAGUAGUAGAACAAAAUGGAUCAUACAUAAUUCAAUAUAAUAAUA